GCGCCUCCCUAUUAAAUAAUUUCUUUUACAGCCCAUUUACUGAUUCCUUCUCCAAGUACCCCUUUUCGGUUCCUCUUCCAACAAACUCACAAUGAGUACCGAAACCAUUCUCAUACUGGGCGGAUCUUUCGCAGGCAUCAGCGCUGCCCACUUCGCACUCAAGCAUGUCCUCCCGCAGCUGCCCAAGAAGGAUGAGGUCACCUACAAUGUCACCCUUGUCAACCCGUCCAAGGAUUUGUGGUGGCGCAUUGCCGCACCGCGAGAAAGCGUCUCGAAGCAGAUGAUGCCUUCGGACAAGACCUUCUACCCUAUCGAGCCCGCGUUUGCCUAUGCCUCCUCCAAGUUCAAGUUUAUCCAGGGCAUGGCAACCGAUUUGGAUGCUUCGGGACAGACUGUGUCUGUUCAGACCACAUCCGGCGAGCAGCAGUCUAUUCAAUAUGCGGCUCUCGUCAUCGCAACCGGAUUUACAACUCCAAGCCCUCUAUUCACGCAAGCUACGGAUCGCGAAGCGCUUGAGCAAGUGCAUAUUGCUUUCCAGGAGGGGCUCAAAAGCGCAAAGACGGUGAUCAUUGGCGGCGGUGGGCCAGUUGGUGUAGAAGUCGCAGGAGAGAUUGCAGAGAUUCUAAAUGGUAAACCAGGAUUCCUGGCAUCUGCACCCAAGAACCCGAAAGCACAGGUCAAACUCAUCUGUGGCGACAAGAAGCUUUUGCCCGUUCUUCGACCAGCGAUUGGAAAGGCUGCAGAAGGGUACUUGAAGCGACUCGGCUGCAAUGUCAUCUACGACACAAGAGUCAUGUCAUCGUCCAAGGCGAGCGAGGAAGAAGGCGCAAAAACAAGGGUAGAGCUCUCCAACGGUGAGAUUCUCGAGUCGGACAUCUACAUCGACGCUACCGGCAGUCGACCAAACACUGGCUUUCUUCCAAAGGAGUGGCUGGACACCCGCAAUCGGGUGGCUUGCAAUGCCAAAACCCUCCGUGUCGAGCACGAAUCCGCUGGCCCCCGUGUCUACGUCGUCGGCGAUGUAGGCUCAUACACACGCGGAGGCGUCAUGGACAUGUACGAUGCGAUACCCGUAGCCAUGACGAACCUCAAAAACGACCUGCUUGCUCACUUGACCGGCGAGCCACACAAGGGCGAUCGCCACUACACUCCCAACAUGAAGGAGCAGCAAAUCUGCCCAAUCGGUACGCAAAAAGGUGUUGGCGCCUUCAACGGUUUCAAAGUGCCCAGCCAGAUGGUGUGGAUGAUUAAAGGCCGAGACUACAUGGUUAGCCAACUUGCCGAGGCUACGCUGAGAGGUGAUCAGUUCAAAAAGGAGGGCAAAUGGACGCCUGUCCAAGAGACUGGCAAGGCUGGACUGAGCUCGGGUUAGUUAUGCGGUUUUUGAUCGGUAAGCUGGCACCAAAGUAGAGGCAGCUGGAGUAGCGAUAUCUGUAGUGGUAGACAGUCGUGAUGGGUAGUGGUAGUAGGCAUAGAGUGAAAGUUCAGGAGCAUAAGACUCACAUAAUACCCCC